AUGGACGGGGUCAGCCCCAGCCUCCCGCAGACAAACCCAAACACUCCCCUCCCGACCGCGGGCCUCACCGCGAGCAUCAAUCUGGACCCAAAACUUCAGCGCGAGCUGUCUCGUCUCGACGACUCCAUCCCAUUCAAUCCCAGAGCUCACUACCUGCAUCACACGUGGGCGCAGACCUUCUUUUCCCGUCCUGAACUCUUUUUCCAGCCCUCCUCCGUUCCCGAGUUACAGAAAAUUGUCACCCUUGCACGGAGAUGCAGAAAACGCAUAUGUGUAACCGGCUUCGGUCAUUCUCCCUCCGACCUGACCUGUACCUCCUCCUGGCUCAUAAAUCUCGAUCAUCUCUCCGAAAUCCUUGAAACUAAUGUCAACGACACUCCCGGACUCGUUCGUCUCCAGGCAGGCAUGUCCCUGCAUAACCUCAACGUCGCAUUGGCCCAGGAUGGGUACACUCUCCCCAACCUUGGAUCCAUCGAUGUCCAAUCUGUUGCUGGAGUGAUAUCGACGGGGACUCACGGCUCCAGUCUCCAGCAUGGCCUGAUCUCCGAGUCCAUCACCUCCUUGACGAUCCUCCUUUACAAUUCUCAACUUGUGACGUGCUCGUCCACCAAGAAUCCAGAAUUGUUCCGAGCGGCGCUGCUUUCCCUCGGCGCCCUGGGCAUCAUUGUGGAGAUCACCAUCCAAGCGGUUCCAGAUUUCAAUAUCUCCUGGUCCCAGACCCUCCAUACACUGUCCUCGGUCCUCAAUUCCUGGGACAAAGAUCUCUGGACGACAGAAGAAUACACUCGCGUUUGGUGGCUUCCUUACCUCCAACGUGCCGUCAUUUGGCGCGGCUCAAGGACCCAAUCUCCUGUGCGGCCGCCCAACACGACCUUUUACGGCGGCAAAUUCGGCUACUACAUCUACCAUAAUCUGCUCUAUCUGUCCAAUACGUUCCCCCGCAUCCUGCCGUGGAUUGAAUGGUUCAUCUUUGGCAUGCAAUACGGCUUUGCACCCGGCUCCUUUGAAACGUCAGCCGUCCAGCCAGCCCGUGAAGGUCUACUGAUGGACUGUCUAUAUUCACAAUUCGUCAACGAAUGGGCACUCCCGCUCUCCAAGGGCCCCGAGGCAAUCAUUCGACUGUCUGCCUGGAUCAACCACGACGAUGCGACAGCCCGCAUUCCCGUCCCCAGCAAGGGGAUUUGGGUUCACUGCCCUGUCGAAGUCCGUGUUAGUGACACCAGCCAUGAGAUGAUAAACCGCUCCCGUGUCCGACCCUACCUCGACCCCACGGUCCCCGACGGCCCCACCCUUUACCUCAACGCUACGUUGUACAGGCCUUACGGUCGCGACCCGCCCUGCCAUGAGGCAUACUACAAAGCAUUUGAGUACUUGAUGCAAGAACUCGGCGGUCGCCCUCACUGGGCCAAGAACUUCGCGCACACGACCAAUAAACAGAUUGAAGACAUGUACGGCGAUGACAUACGUGACUUCAUGAAAAUCCGCAACGAGAGUGAUCCCGAAGGCAUGUUCCUGGGUGAAUGGCAUAAGAGGACUCUCCCACUUAACCUUCCCGGGGCGGGUGGGAAAGGCGACCUCGGCCUGGUCGAGGAAGAAGUGCGGCGGUCGAACAAGGGGCUCGGAUGGAGAUUUGGCGACGGUGUGCUCUGGGAAGGAAGACAGGCUGUCAGUGGUGCCAAUACCCAGGUUGAGGACGAAGAUGUUGGGUUCAAAUUCGUCCCCAACCCACCCAAGCCGGAUGGCGAUGAAACCCCCAGUCCACCUGCCACCACGACGAGCGAGGAGUCUUUUGACUACAUGGCAAAAGGGGAAGCGAGCGUCUAUGCAGUUCGGAAUGGUGAAUGA